AUGGCUUCAAUAACAAACCUCACUUACAAACUUCUAAGCGUCAAACAUCUAUGCGCUGUCAGGAAUUUGAUCGAAGAACAUUUCACAUCUACAUACGCAUUGGGAGUAUAUUUAAAUUGUACGAAAGAAGAAUUGAUUCCUACAUAUUAUUCUCGGAUAGAGUCUUUCUUAAAGCAAGGAAAUUCGCUCGGGGCAUUUAGUGAUAAAGAUGCUGAAUUAUGUGGUGUUGUCAUCAAUGUGAAACACGACGACAAUGAAAGAAUAAAAUAUGAAAAAACACUACAUAUCAGUGAAAAGAUAGCUACUUUGAAUCGGCUCAGGGUGACAAUUGGAGGAAAUGAAUUAUCUGACAUUCUUGGAACUAAGAAAUUUUGGGAAAUGAAAUUGGGAACUGUGCAUCCAAGUUAUAGAAGGAAAGGACUAAUGUCUGACCUUAUAAAAAUAUCUACCGUUCUUGCCAAACAAAGGGGAAUUGAGAAACUUGUACGAUUUCAAACAUAUAAUAAAGCUCUGAAAAAACCGUCGAAAAUGGACGAAUUUGAAGUAAUCAGACACAUUGAAUUGAAAAACUAUCUUGACCCCGUCACAGGGCAAAAAGUGUUUUCGGGAAUGAAACCACCAAAUGACGUACAACUUAUAAUCGCUAAAACGUUGACUUAGUGAAAUUCUGGGCCUCUGUAUGAAGAACGGCAUAUGCCAGCUCAUGAUUUUGGCCAUGUGACUCAUUGAUACAUUGGAAAAUAAAACCUAUUUUGUAUUCCCGCCCAAAAGUCAACAUUGCGCAUGGUUUAUACUAACUGCUGAAUUUCGAUAAUUUAAAGACCGGCUCGACAGGGUGAGGUACGCAGAUAGAUUAUUCUGUAAAUUUAAUUACACUUUUUCUAAGAAUUUUUUACUAAUCUCUGACAGUAAGAAAAAAUUAUUUUUACAAUUGCCGGACGCUGUGAAGUUUGCUAAUAGUUUCAAAUGCUAGCAUUCAUACAGGCGAUAGUUUCAUACAAUAUUCAAAUCUCUUCUAAUCAUCAAUUUUUUGCUUACUAAGCAUUACUCAUAUUUUUAUUGAUAUUAACGAACAUCACAAAAAUAGCUGAUAUUUGUUAAAAAUAUGUGGUUCUAAGUUGCAGUUAGUAUAAUAGCUAAAUUACUGCAGCUUCUGAUUGCUCAUCGAUGAUUUUCACAGUCUAAUUUCACUGUUGUGGCAUUGAGUUAUUAUUAGAAUUGAAAUACGUUGUUGUUCUUUUUCGUAUGCUUCUGACUGUAAGGAAUUGACCAAUCGAUUUCAUAUUUUCCGUACUUCAAGAUGGUUAUUAAUUUUAAUGUUUUAUACUUCCUAAUGGGUAUUUGGGUCACGAUAUUUCACCCCAAAUGGGGCAUAGAGAAUUGCAGGGCCCAGUGAAAACUUGAGUGGAGCCACAAUACUUGGCUCAAAAUUGAUUUUAAUGCGGAUUCUUUUCCAUACUUUUUCAUUUAUAAGAAAAUCGUUUCCGUAGUUUCACUAACUAAAAGGCUAUUUCCAGUCACAGGGUGUUUUCACUUGUGCAUAAAUUGUUUGAUCACAAUGUGAUUUGCAAUCUAUCU